AUGGCGCUUCUGCAAGGACAUGCCGAUUUGCGUCUUGCACGCCUGCUCUCCCUUCCCGCGCUGCUGUUCCCUGUGAUGACGCUAUUGCUGGGAGCUUCGAGCCAAGUCACUUACAAUGUUAAUAAGCCCGGAGCUGUAACAGGAACAAUCUCUUACCUCAGAUUGGACGCGCAUAAUGGGUCGACGGAGCCCCACUUCUACCUGAGCCAGCAGCACCGCGGAAAGAUCUUCCGGCUGGUGUUCUGCGGCGCGGUGUUGCCCGACGCUGUCCUAACCGACACCCUGGUAACUGUCAAGUUCAACAGAAUCAUUAACGGCGUCAUGUACUCCUGCUCUACCCCGCUCGAGACAGCUGAGCAGCGGUUGCGGCGCCGGCAGCGGCGGAUGCUGCUCGGUGACGCGAUCACCACUCCCACUGCCCCCCGUAUCUUGGUAUACUUGCCCACGUUCUGCGGCUUCGCAGGACCAGCUGCCACCACACCGGAGCAAGUUGUCAAUUUCUUCAAUGCUGGCAGCGGCACCUACCCCAGCCGUUCCUUGGCGGGUUACUACAACACCUGCAGCUACGGCCAAGUCAAUCUGCUUCCCGAGAACGUCAAGGUGCUAGACGGGGUUGAGGUACCCUGCAGCGGCGCCCUCAAGCCACCCUACCCCUUCGCCACAGGGCCCAGCUUCACAAGCCGCUCCUGCAAUGAAUUAGACAACAUGCCUAAAUGGCAUUAUUGGCUUGAUGCCUGGGCCGCCGCAAAUUACGGUGUUAACGCAUCCUCCUACCACCACCGGGUCUUGAUCCUUCCGCCGAACUUCUCCACGCUGGUCUCUGGCUGCGGCGGCUUUGCUGGUCUUGCCACAUCGGGUCGGUGGACCACCGCCACCGCGCCGCCGCUCAACAACUGGGGCUCCGGUUUGCUGUGGUUGUCUGGUGAGCACUUUGGAAACUUGGAAGUCCUUUUUCACGAGAUAAGUCACCAUUACGGCCUGGCUCACGCGGACACUCCCACGGGCUGCGACCUGGGAGAUCAGUGCGACCACACUUGCACCAUGGGUGCAGUUGGAGGCCAGGGCAUUCGCUGCUACAACGCCCCUCACAACUGGCAGGUCGGUUGGGGCAGGCCAGUACUACAGCUGGACGACUCCGGUCUGCCGUACGGCCAGUCAGCCUCCGUAAACAUCCCGCCUCAGAUGUCCGCCGUGCAAAGCUCGGUGAUGGUGUCUGCGAGCGGCAUGCCAGCAAACCAGCGCCUCUUCAUCUCAGCGCGCAUGAACGUCUACCCGUACGAGCUUCCGUGGUCCAAGAAAUCAGACAACAUACCUUACGUCCUGAUGCACACGUACAACGGCACGGAUAAAUCCCCCAAGAUCCAGACCGUGAUAGUUGGCGAGAUCCGGAUCGGCAGUACGUGGCGUGAUGCGGGAAGCGGCAUCACGGUGCGCUUCGAUUCCUGGAGCAACACCACAGGCGCCACUGUACGAAUUUGUCGCCAAAAAUCGUCCGUUGAAGCCAACUGCAACGAUGGCUUGGAUGAGGAUUGUGACUUUCUGACGGAUGCUGAGGACCCCGACUGCCCCAUCCGCCCAAGCACAAGUGCCGCUCCACCUCCUCGGCCGCCGCCACCCCCGCCUCCGUCGGCUUUACCGCCGCCACCAUCGCCCAUUACCAGGCCGCCACCCCCGUCUCCCAGACGUCCAUCUCCUCCGCCUUCGCCCAAGCCACCGCAGCCCAAUUCCCCAUCGCCGAGGGCGCCGGCCCCGCCGUCACCCCCACCGCCGUCACCCCCACCGCCCUCCCCAUCACCUCCCAGGUCCCCACCGCCGCCGCCACCGCGACCGUCACCCCCACCGCCGUCACCCCCACCGCCGUCACCAUUACCUCCCAGGUCCCCACCGCCGUCACCGCCACCGCCGUCACCCCCACCGCCCUCACCGCCACCGCCGUCACCCCCACCGCCCUCGCCAUUACCUCCCAGGCCGCCGCCGCCGCCAUGA